AUGGCCGGAUCUUACGCCAAGAAGGGGGCCACACCAUCCAAAGGUUCUUCUGUGACAAAGCAAUCCUCAAUAAAGCGCAAUUCGAGCAUCUUAAGUUUCUUCCAGAAGACCGACACACCCCCAGGCGCUACUUCCCGCCAGCCUCGGAUCACCCAAUUUGCAACGGCGACCUCAUGUUCACCGAGCAGCGGCCGGGGGACUCCGACCUUCCAACGGGGGAACAGUUCAAGAGAUGAUACUACUGGUGGACUUUUUUUGGAGGAUAAAAAGGGUCUGACAAAGAUUGAACAAGCAGCGGUGACGAGUGAAAGAGAGCGAUCGCUCACUCCUGACUUUUGGGGUGACGAUGUAGAGUUCUUGAAGCCGGAUGACAAGCGAUAUAAUGAGAGCGACACUGCGGCCAAGCGUCGGAGGGUUGAUUCACCGGGCACCCCGGUUAACGAAACGCAACAAUCAGGUGCCGAAUUGAAGACUACAAAAGCACCCGCAGCAGUACCCGCACCCGCAAAAAUCCAGAAACGAAGUGGACCAUUUAUCGACGAGUCCGACAGCGAGGAUGAUAUGGAAGCAUAUCGGGAGCUUCAAGAAAUCACACCUGCCGUCAGGGAUGUGACGAACGAGACAUCGCAAAUGGAUAAAAUAGUGGCUACACAACACACUUCCGAACCUACACCCCCGCCACUGGUAAGAACUGCCACGAAUAAUGCCGAUAAUGAUGAAUACGCGGAUUUUGACGAUAUAGAAGAAGAAGACGAGCUUAUAGGGGAAGAUUUUCGAAAUCGGCCUUGGGAGGGUGAGGAACAAGAGCAGCAGAUCGACCUUGAGGUUGAUCCUGGCAAAGAUUUAAACGACUCUUCGGGUGUAGAAGAUCUUGAGGAGGAAGUGAGCACAUGUCCUAUUUGCCAAAUGGCGUUGAAGGAUCUUAAUGAAACAGACAUUGCAGUGCAUGUUAACGACUGCCUCGAUGGCCUAUCCAACCCUAUCCCGGCUACACCAGCUCCUAAGCCCAUGGUAAAGCCGACUGCCAUACCAGCCGACAUCAACAAAGGACUGACACGCGUAGAGCGAGCUGCCAUCGCUCGGCCUGCACAAGGUGAUCCCUACUCGGAGAACAACCCCAUCGGAGGUUCUGCGUUCUCAAAGAUGAUGGCUGGAAACGCAGAAGAUACUGCUUGGGCUACUGCAGCCGCGAACGAGGUGUCUUCUCGCGGCAAGCAAGCCUACCAGCGGACUUGCCCAUUUUACAAGAUCAUUCCGGGGUUUUCCAUAUGCGUCGAUGCUUUCCGUUACGGGGCUGUCGAAGGGUGUAACGCCUACUUUCUCAGUCACUUUCAUAGCGAUCACUAUAUUGGGCUCAGCAAGUCCUGGUGCCAUGGGCCCAUUUACUGCAGUCGUCCCACUGCCAAUCUUGUCCGCCAGCAGCUCCGUGUUGAUCCCAAGUGGGUAGUUGACGUCGAGUUUGAAUGCACCACCGAAGUACCGGAGACAGGAGGAGUGCGGGUCACCAUGCUACACGCAAAUCAUUGUCCCGGUAGCGCACUUUUUCUUUUUGAAAAGAACUCUGGAACUGGGCCCAAUGCCCAUACCCAGCGGGUGCUGCAUUGUGGCGACUUCCGUGCAUCUCCCGCUCAGGUUCAACAUCCGCUCCUACGUCCUAAUGUGACCAACCCAGUCACUGGUAAGCCGAGACAGCAACGUAUCGACAAAUGCUACCUAGACACCACAUACCUAAGCCCGAGAUAUGGCUUUCCUGCUCAGGAGGAUGUGAUCGCAGCGUGUGCAGAGCUGUGUGUGCGCCUGAAUCAGGAAGAUGGUGUCGGGCAUGAUACGGGGAAGAAUGGUACAAGUGGUUUGAUGGGCAAAUUCCUCUCCGCCGCCACGGGUAGCAACCAAGCACCAGACAAAAGCUCGCAUGCCGGAGACCGACUGCUGGUAGUGAUUGGCACUUACAGCAUUGGCAAAGAACGGAUAUGCAUGGGGAUCGCCCGAGCACUUGGAUCCAAGAUAUUCGCCACUCCACCGAAGCAACGAAUCUGCGCCUGCUUGGAAGACCCUGAGCUCACCGCAAUGCUAACCAGCAAUCCUCACGAAGCGCAAGUACAUAUGCAAACCCUCUUCGAGAUCCGCGCCGACACACUGGCGGACUACCUCGAUGGCCUCAAACCACACUUCUCCCGCGUCGUCGGUUUCCGCCCGACCGGCUGGACCUAUCGCCCACCAGCCGGGCGACUGGUACAAAAUCCGCCAGUCUCCACUGUUUUGCACGGUGAACACUGGAAGUCACCGUACACCAGCCAAGACCUCAUCCCGCAGCGCGGCAGCACGCGAGAAAGCGCCUGCUUUGGUGUUCCCUACAGCGAACACAGUUCCUUCCGCGAGUUGACCAUGUUCUGCUGCGCCUUGCGUAUCGGGCGGAUCAUUCCAACGGUGAAUGUUGCCAGCCAGAAGAGUCGGGACCAGAUGAAGGUGUGGAUGGAGCGGUGGGAUGCCGAAAAGAAGAAGAAUGGGUUGUUUCCCGUUACUGGCGAUCGGUGGUAA